UAACCUGUAUAUCUUAAAUAGCGCUCGAUGGUGGUAUCUUCACUUUUUAUGAUAACAAAAAUUAUCGCAUAUUUCGCAGAUAAUUUUUAUUGUUUAUACGCUUGGAUAGCAAUGACGUCACGCGUGUUAUCACUCAUAUCAGUAUUUCUGUUUUGGAUCCAAACAAAUCACUUUAACCAUAUAAAAUAAUACACUUUUUGUUUGAUGUUUAAUAAAGUUUUUUUAAAAGCCAAUGCUUACUUUUAAGCUACAAUAUAGAAGAACUGAUGAACCAAAAUCAGGCGCUAGGGUUUGUAGUUGUCAUUUUGAAAAUAACAAAAAAGAAAAUGAACCUACAAUUUUGCCUCAUCGUUCUUCAACAAUUUACCUUAAAUCAUUUGACUCCAGAAAAGAAAACGAGAAAAAAUUAUCUAAAUAAAUAAUUCAAAUGGAUGUCAUACCAGUUAAAUAUGAUGAUGAACUAUAGUUGUUAAUGAGUUAAUUACAAAUGAAAGUCCAUUAGAUUUGUCUACUCCUUCAAAAUCAAUUAUUUGUAAUUUUAGCACAGACUCAGUUAAAUCUUCAAACAUAGCUUCAAUUAUUCAUGAAUCUGAGAACUAUUUUCUCAAGGAGGAAAACAAAGCCAUGAAAUUAAACUUAAAACAAUUGAGUCUUUCAUUUAACUAUGAAAACUUAAGUCAAAAUAAUGAAUUAUUACAGUCUUAUACAGGUUUGCCUACAAAUGAAAUUUUUAUAGCUCUUUAUAAUUUAUUAAAAAAUUCAAAACUCUAUUACCACUUUGGUUGGAAAGUUGAGUGUACAAGUAAACCAGACCAACUUCUUAUAACUCUAAUGAAAUUAAGAUAUAACUCCCACAUUUUGAUUUGGCUACAAAAUUUAAGUGCAGUAGGAGUACAAUUACUAAUAUUAGUAUCACUUGGAUUAACAUUUUACAUAAUGUACUUUUCUUAAAGUGUAUGAAUAAAAUACCUUCUAGACAAAAAAAUCAAACUUGUUCACCUGAUUCUUUCAAGCCUUUUAUGAAUUGUCAAAUUGUAAUUGACUGCACAGAAAUUUUCACAUCAGUAUCUCAACAAUCUAUGAAUAUUCAAAGAGAUACAUAUAGCAGUUAUAAGCAUAGAAACACAUGAAAAGUUCUUUUAGGAAUCGUACCUAAUGGUGUAGUUACUUUUGUAAGUAGCUUAUUUCCUGGUUCUACAUCUGACAAAGUGAUUACAUUGAAAAUUGGACUCUUAGAGCAGUUAGUACAGGGAGACCUAAUUUUAGCUGACAAAGGUUUUCUAAUCAGAGACAUUUUACCACCUGGUGUAUCUUUAAAUAUACCACCUCAUUUUACACCUGAAUAAGUAUUACAAACUGAAGUCAUAGCUAAGGCAAGAUUUCAUAUUGAAAGGGCCAUACAAAGAAUAAAAUGUUUUGCAAUUUUAAAUUUUAUUCCCUCUACAAUGUUAAGACUAGGACAGCAAAUUUUUGAAGUUGUUGCUGCACUAACAAAUCUUCAACAUCCACUUAUUCAUGAAGUUGAAAACUAAAUGGUAAAUCCAAGUUAGUUCUAGUCUCGAACCGCCUGUUCAAAAUAUUUUAUUUCAUAAUAAAAAAAUAUUAUUAAUUGACAUUUUGUAACUUCAUUUUUAUAUAUUAUAUUUUAAUGUAACUGUAAAUACUAAAUUCUCUUGUAAAUAUAUAACUUUGAGUACAAUUAAUUAAUACGUUAAAAAAUUAUGUGCUACAUUGUUCUUCAAUAAGAAAAGGAAUGUGAGUCUCAAUGAAAAAAUUGUCUAAUAUUUUAAGAUUUGGAAACCAUUCUGGAUCCUUUUCUACUUGGGUUAUUAUUGAUUGACCUGGUGUCAAAAUUACUAGGUAACAUAACUUUCGUUUGGUUAUAUAUAGUUGCCCUUGGAUUUGAUCCCAAUAAAAGUGUUUUUUGUUAAUGUAAAUAAUUUUGUUUUUUAUGUAUACCAUGUAGAUUAAGUUUUUGGCAAGCUCAAUAUCUAAACUUUUAUUCCAGUACUUCCAUGGACAUUUUAUCUCCACAAUGUACUCAGAAUUUACAACGCAAUCGGGAGAUGCUCUCUAAAACUCCAUUAUUUAAUAACCAAAACCCAGUAGGUACAACAUUAGCAUUUUGUUCUUGUUCUACUAUUCUACUACUUUUCCACGAGGACAUGUACACUCAGCGUCAACAAUACAACAGUCAUUCAACAUUAUUUUUACUUUGUACUUAUCAGUUCAGUGGUGUACACAGCUAGUAGUCAACUUGAGUUGUACUGUAUACAUUAUUUAAAUAUUUAUUUAAUUUUUACUUUAUUUUCAUAUAUUUUCAUUGUUUAUACGUUUCAUAGGUUUAUAUGUAUUAUGGAAUCAAAGAUAUUAAAGCAGAAAGGAGGCUCAUGUUGUGCUAUUGCUACUUGCAUAAAUAACUACUACAAAUCAAAAAAAUAUGGAAGAUCCAACAUAUAAUUUCACAGAUUUCCAAAAGAUCUUAACUAUCGGAAAGAAUGGGUUUCAGAAAUUCAAAAUAGGUGACCGUUUUAAACCUGAUACAUUAUUUAUUUCAUCUGAUCACUUUAAUGUUGUAUGAGACUUAAAAGCAGACCUUAUAGGAUAUAAAUAUAAAGGUCGAAGACUUAAAGAGGAUGAAAUUGCUGCGUUACAUUUAUUGGCUGACUUAGAAUCGAAUAUAGUUGAAUCUGCAUUAACCAUUGUCGUAGAUGUAGGAUGGAAAGAAAAUCAAUAAAAUAGCAUUUAAUCAAUUUGUUUCAAAAACUGCAUAAAUUAGAACUUCUAAGAACACAUUAAUUGUAAAAAAACUCUGCUAUGAAGAAUUUCAGCCAAUUAAUAACCCUGAAGAAAAAGACAAGUUCUACUACAAUUCUAAAUAUUUAUUGCAAACCUGGCUAUAAUAUAGGCAUAAAAUGACUUAUCUUGUAAUAAACAAAUUAUAGGGAAAAUGUUUUAUAUUUUUUAUUAGAUACAAGUGUUAUUAUUAAUAAUCCUGCUGGGUAUGAAGAUGGAGCUACUAAAAUUAACCCACCAGCAAGAUGCUUGGCAAAAACAACUACAAUGAUAACACCAAAAAACAAUUUGAUUUCUACACCAAAAUGUUUGUCGAACACAACUACUACACCAAACUCACAGUCAAAUCCAACAGAAAUUCAAAUAGGUAGUAAUGAUUGUAUUCCAAGUAUAGUCGAAUUUUUAACAAAUUGUGUGCAACAAGGUGUUAUUCAACUUAAUGUGGAAGAACUUGUUAAAGAUGUUCAAUUUACAGUUUCAAUUCCCAAGAGAAAUAUAAACUUCUGUAAUUUAGCUAAGUCAGUAAAUGUUAAAGAUGAUCAGUGUAGUCAGGCUAUUGAUUGGCAUAACAUUAGUGAUGUCAACGAAGAAUCUGAAUUUGAAAAUGAAGAAGUGGACAAACCCAAUAAAAAAACUAAUGCUACGACUACUACAGUUGAAUGUUCCAAUGAAACUUCUCAAAAAAUCCAAAAUGAAAAAGAAGCUGUACACCAAGUUAUUUUCACUGAUGGUAUGACCAAGUUUAUGCUGGAAAAGUACGGACAGCUUAUGAAUUUUAUUGGUCCGAUGAAGAAAUUUAAAAGAAAACUAGAUAUGUGGAAACAAAUAGCUAAAGAUAUGGAAGAAGAACUUGGUGUAAAAUGUACACAUACACAGAUUGAAAAUCGUUAUAAAACCGUGAGCAAGAGAAAAAAAGUAAUUGUUAAUAAUAACAAAAGUACAGGCGCAGCUAGAAUGGAUGAUGAAUAUGAAAAUGAAUGGAAACAAAUAACAAAUAAGGACGAUAGCAUUAUUCCAGAAGUCAUGCGAAGUACAAAGGUUGUUGUUAUUAAUAAAAAGGAUAUUACAGAAUCUAAACCAAAAAAAAUGAAAACCGAUAGCUCACAAUUGAUGUUGUUAAAAUUUCUAAAGGAAAAAGAGGAAUCUAAAGAAAGGCGCCAUCAAGAAAAAAUGGAGCUCAUAAGAUCAAUUUUAAAUAAAUGAGUAUUUAUUUUUAUGUAUGGAUUAUCAGCUAAAACUGUUGAAUAAUGUUAUGAUUUUAAGCACUAGUCGUUACUCGUUUUAUAUUGUUUUAUUUUAAAAUUUCAAACAAGUGGUUUUUUUUUUUAUAAUUUUGUUAUUUUCUCUUAUAGUUUUUCAUGGAUUAUUAUUUA